UCCAUAUGUCUCCUUCAUUGUGCCCUAUAGACACUACUAAACUAAGCUAACUGUCAAUCCACUCAGCAGCAUCACGACAGGGACAUAUCCACAGACUCCUCCUUCCAGACUCCUUUAGCACCGCACGAUGGCCGUCCCUCCUUCAUACUCGGACCUGGGCAAGUCCGCCAAGGACAUCUUCAGCAAAGGCUACGGCUUUGGAGUCGUGAAGCUGGACCUGAAGACCAAAUCACAGAGUGGAGUGAUGGAGUUCAACACAUCUGGAUCCAGCAACACGGACACGGGGAAGGCCGCCGGAAGCCUGGAGACCAAAUACAAGAUGAAGGAGCUCGGCCUGAGCUUCAACCAGAAGUGGAACACGGACAACACGCUGGCCACCGAGGUUACCGUGGAGGACCAGCUGACUCAAGGACUGAAGGUUGCUCUGGAGACGUCUUUUGUACCAAACACAGGUAAGAAGAGUGGAAAGCUGAAGACUGCCUACAAGCGUGACUUCGUGAACCUGGGCUGCGACGUGGACUUCGAGGGUCCCAUCAUCCACGCCGCCGCCGUGUUGGGCUACGAGGGCUGGAUUGCCGGCUACCAGAUGGCCUUCGACACGGCCAAGUCCAAACUGGCCCAGAACAACUUCGCCCUCGGGUACAAAGCCGGAGACUUCCAGCUGCACACCAACGUGUGAGUACUCACCGAUUACAGUCCAGAAGAAGAGAACAUAGACUCUGAAACAACUUCCUGUAAGAAGAUCAGUCGAACAUCAAGGUUCAGACCAGACGGAAAACCUCCGGUUCUGUCGAGUGAAGCCAAAGCUUCC